AUGGAGGAGCGGCUCCGCUCAUGGCAGCUGGGUGAGUAAAGGGGCAGGGGAAGCCGAGAAGGGGCAGCGGCUCCCGCAAUUUGAAACCAAGAACCGUUGCCCGGCAGUUGACCCGAGAGGAAGGAGCCUUCUCGUAUUCCAUGGGCGCCGCGCCAUUUCGCUUUAGACGCAUCUUUUUCUGCAAGAACAAGUGAUGGAUUUUAAAGCUUCAAUUCACUCUGCAGAGAUUAGACAGAAUUGUCUCUUUGAAGAACCAACAUCUUACCAUCGGCAGCUUUUAUUAUUUACUGACCAAAAAGAACUUGGAACACUUUCCCCUUUGUGAUCCCAGAGAAGAUGGCUGAGAAACAGAUUAGUUUGCCUGCUAAACUCAUCAAUGGAGGAGCUGCAGGGGUCAUUGGAGUUACUUGUAUAUUUCCAAUUGACCUGGUUAAAACCAGGCUACAGAAUCAGAGAAGUGGACAGCAAGUCUAUAAAAGCAUGUUGGAUUGUCUAAUUAAAACACUACGUUCUGAAGGCUAUUUUGGCAUGUACAGAGGUGCAGCAGUGAAUCUGACCCUUGUAACACCUGAGAAGGCUAUCAAACUGGCUGCUAAUGACUAUUUUAGGCACCUUCUUGCCAAAGAAGGGAUAGCCCUGUCAUUACCUAAGGAGAUGAUGGCUGGCUGUGGUGCUGGAACUUGCCAGGUUAUCAUCACCACUCCUAUGGAGAUGCUGAAAAUCCAGCUGCAGGAUGCAGGGAGACUAGCAUCUCAGCAGCUUGUUAGCAGAGUUCCUUGUCCAGCUCCUGGAUGCAAGCUUGUAUCUCUCAGCCCCGUUCUAACUAGAGCAUAUAAUGUAGGACCUGUUACCUUUCCAAGAAAGAUAUCUGCCACCCAGAUAGCAGCUGAGCUUCUGCAUACUCAGGGCGUUAAAGGACUCUACAAAGGACUUGGGGCAACCCUGCUGAGGGAUGUCCCAUUCUCCAUCAUCUAUUUCCCACUCUUUGCCCAUCUGAACAAAGCAGAACAGGAUUCCCUGGAGGAGAGAGCCCCUUUCUUUCGUUCUUUUCUUGCUGGUUGCAUGGCAGGUUCUGUGGCAGCUGUGUCUGUCAAUCCUUGUGAUGUAAUAAAGACUCGUCUUCAAUCAAUGGGCAAAGGAAGAAAUGAGGAAACCUAUAAUGGAAUCAUUGAUUGUGCAAGGAAGAUUUGGAUGAAGGAGGGUCCCUCAGCCUUCCUAAAGGGGGCUGGCUGCAGAGCACUAGUCAUUGCACCUCUCUUUGGUAUAGCCCAAGUUAUUUACUUUAUCGGCGUUGGAGAAUUUCUCAUUGAGUUAUGCCAGUAUGGAAGACUUUCCCCCUAGACUUCCUUUCUUACUUAUUGGACCUACUGGAAUAGAUCCACGAGAACCACCAGUCAAGACACAAGUAAACAAUGGCAAUUCACAUCAACUUACAUAGGUUUCUUCCAUUGGGAAACUUGCAUUCAAAGCCUUGUUAAAGGUUGCCAGAUUUCAGAAUGCAUAUGCCAAGGCUAGUGAGUUCUCUAAUGGUGACAUUUGUGACUCUUCUUGUGAUUUUAAAGUCAGAGUUUUGACACCACUGUAGUAGGACAGACAUCUGUAUGUGUAAAAUAGAGGCAUAUCUUAGUUCUGGAAGCUGGGAAACUGGAGCCUCUGAGAAUGGAAUGACAACGGGUGCUUUUAUAGACUUGAAUGACAAUGGAUAUGAGAGAAUGUAUUGGGGGGAUUUUUUUUUUACUUAUAAGGGAAGCAGGAAGAAAAGUUAAACAUUUGGGGGCCAAAUCGUUUUGAAUUGUUGAGAAACAAAACAGGUGGUUCUUGGAACAGAUGUUGUCGAUUUACCCCACUCGCAAUCUUUCCACCUACAAUAAAGUAAAAUUCAAUAAAAUUCUAUUUCACGUACCAAAGGUAAAUUGGGGAACAAAAGUGUGUGACUUUUUAUACAUCUAUGUUUAUAAUUACCUAGAGUAAAGAAUUUGGUUCCUAUGGUGACUGCUAAAAUACAAAGCAACAUAAGGCAAUACAAGUGUUUCAGGCAAAGUAAGCUAGAUAGAUACUCUAUUUUGCAUAGAGAAAGUUCAUAAAUAGCUUCCAAUCCAAAGAUUCUCAAAAUGUUCUCUGGAACUAUAGUUCAACUGGGAACUGAGGGAUGUACCUGAUAGUUAACAAAUACAUGUUGUGCAACCAAACUGCUAAGCAGUCCUCCUUGGCUGACAAUUGCACUUAUGUUUUAUGUAAUUGCAUUCUAGGUUUUAAUAUUUGCAAUUACACAAUUUCUAUAUCAUUGAGCUCAUCUGAGAGGCUGUUAUCAGUGGAAAGCAUGGGCAUAAUAUUUUUCUAAGGAACUACAAACUGGUCUCUAGACAUAAUGUAAAUUCUGUGUAUGUGUAUGGAAUGUGAGAAUGAUCAGAUCUCUGCAUUUAAACUUGCACAAUAAAAAGGUUCAGACCAGUGUAGCAACAA